GGGGCGGCGGCGCGAGCGGCAGCGGCGGCGGCGGUUCCAGCAUGAAGAGGAGAGCUGGCCUGGGGGGCAGCAUGAGGUCAGUGGUGGGCUUCUUGUCCCAGCGGGGCUUGCAUGGGGACCCCCUGCUCACUCAGGACUUUCAGAGGAGACGCCUGCGGGGCUGCAGAAACCUCUACAAGAAGGACCUCCUCGGCCACUUCGGCUGUGUCAAUGCCAUUGAAUUCUCCAACAAUGGAGGCCAGUGGCUGGUCUCAGGAGGAGACGAUCGUCGGGUCCUGCUGUGGCACAUGGAACAAGCCAUCCACUCCAGAGUCAAGCCCAUACAGCUGAAAGGAGAGCAUCAUUCCAACAUUUUUUGCCUGGCUUUCAACAGUGGGAAUACCAAAAUAUUCUCUGGAGGAAAUGAUGAGCAAGUUAUCCUCCAUGAUGUUGAAAGCAGCGAGACCCUAGAUGUGUUUGCCCAUGAAGAUGCAGUAUAUGGCUUGUCGGUGAGCCCAGUGAAUGACAACAUUUUUGCCAGCUCUUCAGAUGAUGGCCGGGUUCUCAUCUGGGACAUCCGAGAGUCUCCCCAUGGAGAGCCCUUCUGCCUGGCCAACUAUCCAUCAGCCUUUCAUAGUGUCAUGUUUAACCCUGUGGAGCCCCGGCUACUGGCCACAGCCAAUUCAAAGGAAGGAGUAGGACUCUGGGAUAUUCGAAAACCUCAGAGUUCUCUCCUGCGCUAUGGUGGCAACCUCUCCCUCCAGAGCGCCAUGAGUGUGCGAUUCAACAGCAAUGGGACCCAGCUCCUGGCCCUGAGGCGCCGCUUGCCUCCUGUGCUCUAUGACAUCCACUCCCGCCUGCCUGUGUUCCAGUUUGACAAUCAGGGCUACUUCAACUCUUGUACCAUGAAGAGUUGCUGUUUUGCGGGAGACCGUGACCAGCAUCUCAGCCGGGAAUGGAGAUCCUACCAAGCUGUGAGUUUCCAGCCUUUUCACUGUCUCACUGGGAACCCAAAUACUGAUGUUGACUUAAAGCUGGCAGUUUAAGAACAUACUUGGCAUUCUUGCAUCUGUCUGUCUUGACCAUAGAAGUUCUGAAUUGGGUGUCUGUGAGUGGAACAGUUGGACUGGUCUGAAUAAUCAAGCUGAAUAAAGACAAAUAUAAAGAAAGAUUGGUCAAAUAGACAAAUACAUUUUUUUCUUCUCAAGCAUAACAAAUCUUAUUGCCACUUCAGGUAUAGAUUGCUAAUGGUUGCUUAGUGCACUCUUCUUUGGUGCCACUUCAGAUAUAGAUUGCUAAUGGCUACUUAGUGCACUCUUCUUUGGUCCCCUUAAAUAUGUUUUGCUUUCAGAUUUUGAUAUACAAUUCUCACAUGCUAUUCCCCAUGUGAGAGUUAUCUUUGGAUGAGGGGCAUAGAAGAAACAGUUAUUUGAGAACCUGCCAAGACUCUGCUCUUUGAAGGCAGAAGCUAGGAUUUUUUUCUCCCUAGGCUGGGCGCUAGAAACCCAAACCCACUCCUGUUAGGUCGAUUCUCACUCAUAGCGACCCUGUAGGACAGAGUAGAACUGCCCCAUAGGGUUAUCAAGGCUGUGAUCUUUAAGGAAGCAGACUGCCACAUCUUUCUUUCUCCCCCGUAGCGGCUGAGGGGUUCAAACCGCCAAAGACCUUUUGGCUCAUAGCCCAGUGCUUUAACCACCUCAAUUCCGUAGUUUAAGGAUUAGUAUAUGUAACAGGAGCACAGUGAUGCAUGUUGAAUUGAGUUGAAUGCUAAGGAAACUGAGGCUAUGUUUCUCUUUCUGUAAAUAAAAAAACCAAACCCUUUGCUGUCAAGUCCAUUCCGACUCAUAGCAACCCUACAGGACAGAGUACAACUGCCCCCAUAGGGCUUCCAAGGAGUGGCUGGUAGAUUCGAACUGCUGACCUUUUGGUUAGCAGCCAAACUCUUAACCACUACACCACCAGGGCUUCUUUUUAUAAAUAGAGAAUAUAUAUCCAAAUCCAGAAUUUAUACCCAAGUUGGAGUCUUUUUGGAGUCCUUUUAUUAGGGCUUAGUGAGAGCCACACUGGAGACCACUAGGUGGCCUCAGUUAUAUUAAUGAUAUCUCCUUGAGAACACAGUGCCUGAAUGACUUAGUUUUUCCUGCUCUCGUUUUAUAUGGUGCUGUAGGAAAUUAAUAUCUCGGGUGGGAAGAAGCAAUUUCUAGAGAUGCUCAGACUCACAAUAGGACAGAUAAUUGUUUGCUGCGCAGAAUGGUUAGUUUAGUUUCAUUUAACUGCAGAAAUGACAACCAAGCCCCCCGUUCCCUCUUUCCUUCCAUUUGUUUAUUUUCCAUCUUCUGUUAACCUCUUAUGCAUAUCAUCCUUAUUUCAUUGGACAAUAAAGAACAUGUACUAAAAGUAAUGGUUUAAUAGGAUUUUUUGCCAGAAAAAAAGGAAAACCGUGAAAGGUGAAGGAGGUAGGAGAAGGGGAAAGAUGAAAGAGAUAAGAGAAAAUGAAUGUUGUGUUUUCUUCAGGCAGAGCCUGUCUGCACAGAGUCCUUAAAAGUCCUGGAGGGACCAAAGCCUCUAGCCAAAAUGUAGAGCACCUAGACCAUGAAUUCUCAACCUUGGCACUACUGAGUUUUUGAUCAGAUAAUUCUUUAUUGUCGGGGCUGUCCUGUGCAUUGUAGAAUGCCUAGCAGCAUCCCUGGCCUCUACCCACUAGACGCCAGUAGCCAAAUAUCUCCAUGGUGGCAAAAUCACCCCGGUUGAGAACCACUGACCUACACUAUAAUUACCUAGUUUACUAAGAUACGUUGGGAAAGGUAUUGCCACAGGCAGAGUCACAUAAAGUCUUUCGUGAUGGUUCUCGGUAUGUAAACCAACAAGAUGUAGUUGUUUUUCCCUUCAGGUUAUAUAAUGAUAAAAACAUUGAAUGGCUUUUGAUUUUCCCUGUUCAGUUUCGACUAGUAUAUUAUUUGUGGCUUUUGACUCAAGCUGCCAACCUUUCAGUUAGUAGGCGCAAACUGUUUGCUCCACCCAGGAGCUUCUGGGAAGAACUUAUGGGAACUAAAUCCUCUCUGACUAACUGGACUGCUUUUUGGUUUGAGUAAGUGGUUUUCCUUGAAUAAAGGAGGGUACGAGGUAAUUGAAUCUAACUUUGGAUCAGUUACAGAACUAAAGCCUUUAAAAGUCUGUUCAUAUUCCCUAUGUGGAUUAUCAGAGGUAUCUAACACAGGGAAUAGAAAGUACAGAGCUGUAUGUUUGGCUUUUGUGUUCACUUCUUGGGGACUAAGAAAUGUAGCUAAUUCAUCAUUUUCUUGUCUCCAGUGGCUGGCACAUAGUGAGAGUGCAAUAAAUAUUUGUUGAAGUGAAUCUUAGUACUUUGGUCAGUGUGUGGUGUUUAGUUUUCUGGGCCUACGCCUUCUCUAUCUGUAAAUCAGGAUUGAUAAGUACCAUUUUUCCCUCUCAGCUUUCAGGGGCCUUUAGAGGAUGAGAUGAAUUAAAUAAUGGAUUUACAGUGAAACUGAUCUACUGAGCUCAUAGCUUUUUAAGUGUUAAACAGGGGGCUGAACUUAACUGAGAGUGUCUCAGUCCUAGAACAAGUCUCUCAACGGUGAUUUAUAGGCCCUGACUUUCCACACUCAUGGCUCAAGCAGCAGCUGCCACGAUUACACUAUGAUCUGUAGGACUUACUUGUAUAUUCUUUGACUAGCCCAGACAGGAUUGCUUUUGCUGCUUUCAGAUUCCAAAGCCCACCCUUCCUUAUGUUGGUCUUUAUAUUCCACAAUGUUCCUGUAUACUCUGAGAACGCCCAGAGCCUGAGGCUCUGUGCUCUGGAACUCUUCAUUUAGUCAUAGGUUGGGUAACCAUCCUACAGAGGAAUCUGAGAAAUUUCCAUAAUAGGAAGGAACAUGGAGAAGGAAGGCAGUAAGUGAGUGUAUCUAUCUGAGACAGUCUUCUGGCUUUUAAUGAUGAUGAGAUCAGUCAGUCCACGUAAAUGAACCCAGAUAUUGUGCCAGAGAGUCUGUACUUCUUUUUAGACUAUCCUAGUUUCACUAGGUAAUUCAUUUCUCAAAAUGAAACUAACAUUUCAAAAUCCUGGACCCAGGGACUGAAGUGUAAAAUAGCCUACUUUGUGUCUCCCCAUGCUUAUGGCCACCGUCGUAGAUGAAUUUUAAUUACAGAGUUAUUAGAAGUAAUUUUGUACAAGUCCGUCCUUUUAUAGGUAAGAAAACUGAGGCUCAGAGAAGUUAAGUAAACACGUCAAAACAUAUACGAAGUUAGUAGCUGAACCAGGACUGAAGUGUGAAUUUUGGGGCUUUUUGUAGUGAUCUCUUUUCAUUAUGUAGAUGUUCACAACUCCAUGCCAACAGGGGCAAGGCAGACAGCAAAAAUGAGUAAAGUGGGCUGGGAGUAACAGUAGGGAGUGGUGGACUGUGGCUAACUGGAGAACCCCCAUCCCACCUAAAUGGGACAGCUUCUACUCGACUUCAGAGCAUUGUCACAUGGGCUCGUGUUGCUGAGGCUUCUGAUUUUUUUUUCAAGGGAAGCCAAAAAUAGAGAUUUUUAUGUAAACCCCUCUAGUUUUUAAAUAUUGCAACAAAUUCACACUUUAUUGUAUGGACCAAACAAGACUGUGUACCCUUCUAUUCUGCCCUAGAGCCACCUGUUUGAAACUCUGCUUCGGUGUAGUGUUUCUUACCAUGUCUAGUUCUUGGUCUGUCACUGAUUCGUGGGGGAGUGGAGACGGUUCCCUUCUUCCUGCCUCCUACUGAGCCCUUCCUGACUUCAUGCCUUUCCCCUGUUUAUCUUUUAAAAUAAGAAAGUAGAUAUUUACUGAGCAUUACUGUGUGCCAGAGGCUGUGCUAGACAUAUCCGCAUGACGUUGACAGGUGGUUUUUUUUGUUUGUUUUGUUUUUUUACCGUUCUUGAGGUGUUCGUUCAAAGCCCUAUGUACAAAACCUGUCUUUCCUACUUUUGGCUGCAAAUAUAUGGUUUGUUUUUAUUUCUGGGCAAUAUUGUAAUUACUCAAGUUUGAUAACUUCUACCAUCAGAUCAGGUGACAUCAGAUUGGCUGGCUGUCAACAGAAACAGCCCCAACUAAAGCCUUGAAGGAAACCCUGGUGGCAUAGUGGUUAAGAGCUACGACUGCUAACCAAAAAGGUCAGCAGUUCAAUUCACCAGACAGUCCUUGGAAACCCUAUUGGGGCAGCUCUACUGUGUCCUGUAGGGUCGCUAUGAGUCAGAAUUGACUUGAUGGCAACAGGUUUGGUUUUGGUUUAAAGCUUUGAAUUUUUUUUUUUUUAACCUGCCCACCUUCUGGUCUUGCAAUAUGGUGAGGAAUCUUGCAGUAAAACAUUAUUGCUUCACCUGGAGCCUGCUUGAACCCGAGAAUUCUUGUCCUUGCUUUCAUAUCACACUUGGAUUGUUUUUUUGGUUUUUGUUUUCUUCCUGCCUGACUGGGUACAUUAUGUCUCCCUAAGCUCAGCACUCUACUCUGCAUUCUCAGUAAGACAAUCUCUUAACAGGAUUAAAAAAGAAUGCCAGUUUUCCACCUGCUGGUUUUUCUGGUACACACUCGUAAGACAGUACUCAGCUUUUGUCCCCUUUUCUUUUGCAAUUCCUUAAAUGGAUCUUGCCCUGGAUUGUAGAGUCCAGCAGAGCCGCUUAGGCUUCUGGGGAAUAAGUCCUUCAGGAUUGCAGGUAUGCGUGGCCUGGAAAUGGGCAGUCUGAUUAUUUUAAAAUCUUCUCUUGCUUUAGUCUCAUCUAAUGCCUUUUCUUUUUUUUUAAUAAUGCCUAGCCUAAUAGUCCCUAUACCUUGCUGAAAGUGGGAUGCAGAAGAAAGGAGAAAGUAUACUACAGCUUUCUUGAAGGGGCUGAGCGCUAGAGUAUCUUAGCACUGGGAUCUCUUACACAGACGUUUCUUUUGUACUUUAUAGAUAACCGAACCUGUUGCCACUGAGUCGAUUCCGACUCAUAGCAACCCUGUAGGACAGAGUAAAACUGUCCCAUAGGACUUCCAAGGCUGUAAUUUUUACAGAAGCAGACUGCCACAUCUUUCUCUGCAGAGUGGCUCGUGGGUUUGAACUGCCAGCCUUUCGGUUAGCAGCUGAGGGCUUCAGCCAUUGCACCUCCAGGGCUCCUUUGAUAGAUGGCAAGGCCCCACAAAUCAUGAUAAUGAAAUCAGCCUGUCCUGUCCCCUGGAGAAAAGAGCUAACUUGUUCCCUGUGAAUCCAACAAAAUGGCCUUGAAUACAUGGCUUGCCCUCAGACAUUACAUCACCACUCAACCUUUCUGUGUUGAUAUUAUAUGGGUACAGCAGAGGUGCAGGAAUUUACCAGUAAGUGUACUCCAGGCCAGUGACGCGUCCUGCAAAGUUAUAACAUUGUUUGUUUUGGGGUUUGUUUGUUUGUUUGUGUUUUAUAACUCCAUGUAGCCUGGAUUAAGAGUAGCUCCAUUGGGGGCCUGGCAUGCCAGACCUUCUCCCUCACCUGAAAUAAAAACACACUUUUAAUAAGGUGAAAUCCAACUCUUGGGUUCCUUUGUUUGAUUUGCUUUGUGACUUUAAUAUUUUUUUCUCCUUUUGUCCAUUCUUUUGUAUCUUUGGUAUUUUUAGCCCUUUAACUUUUAAAGCACUUUCACAUCCACUGUCUCAUUUGAAUCUUCCCAGCAACCUUUGGGCUUGGUUGGACAGGUUUCAUCCUCUUCAGAAACAGCCCCAGAGUAGUUUGAAGUGGCAGAUCUGCUUGAUAACAAACCAGGGCUAGACUCGGUUUCUUGCUUAUGUUUGUGCCAUCUCCCUCUCAGGCAUGUUGCCACCUGUGUUACAGCGAUCAAGUGGUGAGAUGGUCUUCCGCAUUCUUCUUAUGUGGAAGAGCUGAGUGACAAAUAUUGCGGCAGAGGAUUUCCUUUUUGUUUGUGUUGUUCAGGGAGUGAAUGUUUUAGGAGACUUUCAGUUUUCAAAAGAGAAAGUAGCGUGAAAAUAACUGGUUAGAUCAGCCAUGUAUAACUUUUCGAAUCAAGAAUCCAUUUAAAAGUCUAAAAACUGUGAACACUUCUGAGAAACAUGUACAUAUCCACAUAGUUUUGCAUGUAAUAGUAACAGAUUUAUGAAACUUAGGGCUUCAGGUUUGAUCAAUCCUGGAUUAAGAUUUUACUCUUAAAGUAGGUCAUCUUUUACUCCAUUUACUGAUACAGUUUUAGAACUUGGAAAGCUGAAAGUGUGUAGUGUGUGCAGGCCUGCUAGAUAUGGUCUAGUUGACAGUUGUUCAGCUGAAAAGGAACACUUGGUGACCUGAGUUUCUUCUUAAGAACAGGGGGAAUUGAUAUGAUCUGGUAACACAGUGUGACAGUUCUUUAAUGCAUGGUUCCUGGCUAGAAGUCUCGGCUCUACUAGGGAAUCUCUGGUAGAUACUGAUGAGUAGCUAUUACUGCUCUACUUGACCCAUUCUCCUUAGAGAUUUUAUUUUCAGUAGCUUUGCCUCUUUUUGUUUUGUUUUCAAUGUCCUCAAGCUUUGCAAAAUGGAAAGUAAUGUUUCUUCCACAGAAUGGUUGGAGAUCUUUGCUUGAGUGAAGAGUAUAAAUACUCAUACAUGGACUCAAGUGAGUGAUGCUUUCUCCCCAUUUCUCAGUCCCCAGAUUCAAAAAAACGGGCUCACAGAAGAGAGCCACUUGCUGAAAGCCAAUUGGUUGGUGGUCCUUCCUCUUGCUCAGGUUUCCAAAUGAGUUUUGUCAAAUGAAGAUUCAUCUUUAAGUAAUGCAAACUACUUUGUUACAAACAACUGUUCAUGAUUGAGCAUGAUAUGAUCAAGAGUGCAUUAUAUGCCAGUUAGCAAACCUUUUUCUCGAAAUGGUCUUCAAGAGACUGUAUCACAAACUUGUUCACAGUUUUUUGUUUUUGUUUUUCUUCCUCUGACAAAAGGUCAGGGAGAAAUAAAGACUGUGUCUGAUUUAAAUGUUAAAUGGCCAUCUAUCUGCCAUACUGAACCAGGCUACAGAGCCAUCUGGUUUUUCUAUCUUAGUCAAUACAGUCAAUUAGAUAGCCAUGUCAUUGUUGGAGAAUAAUUAAUGAAUUACUAUGGAAGGAGCCUUUGGAGAGAACUGUGUAAAUUGAUCAGUAAUCAGUGAGUAGUAACUGAUUGAUAUGUUUCCUUCUUUAUCAGCAGAUGUUGGGGAAUAUCAAAUGCUGCACAAACACACACAUACACACAGAGAUGAAGAUUGAGAUCGAGAGAGAUUUUUCCCUGUUAGCAAAGGACCUGUUAAGCAACACAGAUUCUGAGGAAUCUAUUAUAUUCCAGGUUAUUCUUGGAAUAUGUCCAGUAGAUGGCCUGCCCCUUUUGUUUUCUAGAACUUUCUCUUUUUUAUUAGCUUGGGUUUUAAAAAAGGUUCUUUUUUUUAUUGCUGUUGUUACUUAUAUCCAUAUUUCUAAACCCCUAGGAAGCCUUAAUGUAUAAGUGGUAAUGACUUACCUGUAUUCCAUUUUUUUUCUUGGUUUGUUUAACCAUUAAAGUUUAAAUAAAGGUGCUAAAAAAAUCCACUGCCAUGGAGUCAGUUCCAAUUCAUAAUGACCUUUGGGACAGAGUAUAACUGCCCCCAUAGAGUUUCCAAGGCUGUAAAUCUUUAUGGAAGCAGACUGUCACAUCUUUCUCCCAUGAAGCAACCUUUUUGGUUAGCAGCCAAGCGCUUUAACCACUGCAUCACAGGGCUCCUAAAUAAAGGUGUUAAGGAGGGAGAAAUAGUUGCUUUGCUUGAGGAUACUAAUAUAAUCUGCCUCUCCGCCCAGGAAGCUUCUAGUAGUAAGCAGUUUUGCUGUGGCAUGCCAAGUUUAGACCAUUCUUUGAGCCUUCAGCUCACUAAAAAUUUUUUUGACUUUGGUGACUAUAACAGUGAUCUGUGAUAUUUGAACGCAUGGGUUUCUGUGAGUAUUCAACUCCCAAAAAUCCUUUGCUAAUAGAAAAAGACCUUUCUAGAGAAAUGUGAAAUUUGAAAAUAUUAACAGGUGAAGAAGGGACAGGUGUUCUAAGAUGGAGUGCUGGAUAUUAGAACAGUUACCAGAGAGCAGGGAGUAUUAGUUGAGUGGCUGUUUUGCUAUAAAGGCUAAUGGGUUGAUAAGAUGUUUGGGCAAAUGAGGCAGUGACAGUACUGAUAUGUUAAUCUUUUUUUCACUGUUGUUAUUGGUAGUGGUGGUCACAGUGGUGGUUCCUUCUUGAAAUCUAUUGAGAGAAGCAGUUGUGACCUCUCCCUAUGCAAAAACAAGCUAAUAUAGCCGAACUUAUAGUGGCAUUAGAUGAAAGUCACCAUGUACUAGCUUCGGGUUCACUCUACUUAAAGUGACUAGGUUACAUCAAAGUUAGUGAGCAGGAUGUCCUCUUGGAUUGUGGAAUGAGCAGUGAGGGGUGGGUCAAAGUGUGGUCAGCCUUCAUUCACCCUUUGUGACUAGUUGGGAAGAACUGUGGAAGAUAUGCAUCCACACAACAACCCAUGCUCAUUUUUGCAUUGGUUUUGCUCAUCUUACACAGAAAGCCAAAUUAAAGUGUGCCUUCCACUCUCUGAUCUGAAGUAGCCUUUGGGGCUACCACCUUCCCCUCAACCAGAACAUUUUGGGAAACGAGGCCUCUAUGGUCCAGAUAACACAUAUCUAACAUAUUCUUCCUGCUCCUUUAGAGCCCUGCACUGUUCUCUGUUAGAAUACAAGGCGAAAGUUUUUAAUUUGUAGCUUACCCCUCACUAUUCAGAAUAAGAUCAAAGAAAAGAACUAAGAGAAGGUAAUGAAUUCUUCAUGUUCAUAUCCCCACUUGGUCACAAACUUGGUAUCACCUUAGUAUUUACCUUUCUAAAACUGAACAGCAAUCUUUAGGUUUUUUUCAUAGCGAUGUUUUAAAUGUGAGUGUUGGUUGCAAAGUGCUACAUCACAAAAGGGAAUAAAAAAGUUAAACAUGGAAACUUUGGUCAACCAUUUUUUUCUAUUAUGUUUUUAUAAUUUGUCUAUUUAUGGAGACCUAUCUGCUGCUGCUGGUUACCAAAAGUUAAUGGUUCAAAACCCACCAGUGCGUCUGCAGGAGAAAAGACCUGACGAUCUGCUUUUGUAAAGAUUACAGCCUGGAAAACUCUAUGAGACACUUCUACUGUGUCACAUAGGGUCACUGUGCAUCGGAAUUGACUUGACAGCGCACAAGAACAUCUGCUGCUAAGCCUUUCUGUUAUCUAGGCCAGGAGCCCUUUACUCUGGGUCAGCUUCAGACCCAAAACACUGGCUGUGAAAGUACAUAUAUAUAUACUGUUUGAAAUUAGGUAUCAAGAUAAAAAGGAAAAGAAAAACAAUACCUCCAGUUUCACCACUUAUGGUUAAGUUCAAUUUUCUGGUUAAUUCAAAUAAUUAUUGUAUUGCAUAAAUUUGAAUAUAAUAAUUAUGCACUUUGCAUUUCUUUUGGUAGUAAUUGGUAUUGCCACUAUUUAGUCUUUGUUUUUUUGCUCAUUUUUCCUUGCUUCUCAGAGCACAUUUUUGUGAGAUGGCCGAUCAAGACUUGGAAUGCCCUCUUGGUACACUUGGGUACUAACCAGUAGCAGGUCCUCAGUUGGAGGCUCUUGCCCUAGUCUGGGAGAAGAUGAACCCUUCCAACAGCUUGAGAAGAGAGGAAUCUUUCCAGCUAUUCCCAUAAUGUUAAAUGUGUCUCUAUACUCAGCCCACUUAAAAUAAUUUUUAUUUCCUCAUAGCUUUAAAAAAAAGGGAGGAAAGACAUUUACGUUUUAAAAUAACCCAGAACUCUGUUCUCUCUUCCUGGAAUACUCUUCUUCCAGAUAUCCACAUAACUUGCUCCCUCAUUUCCUUCAGACUCUGCUCAAAAUGUCACUUUAUCAGAGAGGCCUUCGUGGCUAUCCUAUAUAAAAAAGAAACUAACCACCCUCACCCCUGCACUCCCUGUAUGUCCUAACCUGCUGUUUAAUUUCUCUCUAUAACACUUAUCAACACCAGACUUAUUAUAUGUAUAGUUUUUAAACUUUUUUUUUCCUAUUCCCACCCACAAUUAUUUUACUGUCAUCACCCAAUAGAAUGUAAGCUCUGGGAGGACAGGGACAGGGCCUCUUUUGAUCAAUUCUGUAUUCCCUUCCCUGGAACAGUGCCCAGCACAUAGUAGACAUUGGAUAAAUAUUUGUUUAAUGAAUCAAUGAAUGAACUCAUUUUUAUUUUGGUCUCCUACAGCCAGGAGUAUCCCAGGCAGCCAACUUUUAAUGCUGGAAGCAGCCCAGCAGACAGCCAUGAAAUGCUAUAAAUGAAUUCCUCAGGGUAGUUUUGUGAUUCCGUUGUGUGGACACUUAAACAGUCUAACUAUAUAGCAGUAGGUCAAGACCCCCUCCUUGAAAAUCAUCCCAAGCUAUUCCCUUGUAGUGCGUGGAAGAGCAGUUCCAAGAGGAAGAGAGGGUCAGGAGUUGCUCUUGUCCCUGAGAGGAAGCCUGUACAUUCUAAGGAUUUUCCACACAUUUUAGGAGCUGUCGUAUUAAAUCCAUGUGAGAGGGCCUUAACUCUGUGGGAGAGUUUUCUUCCUUCUAAGGCAAUCUUCUGAGUCAGCAUUCUGUCUGGGAGUCCUUUUUUACCUUUUCAUGGCUUUGCUCCGGUGAAUAGCUGAACAGAUAGGAAAGCACUAAUCCUUAACAAAGAAAUUGUAAAACUUCUGAUAAGCCCAGUCUUGGUUCACCCUUAUUUAAUAUUUAUUUCUUAUUUGUUUAGUUUGGGACUGUAUGAGAGCAAAGGGUAGCAAGAAUUCUAUAUGCAGUUUUAUUUCCUCUUAUAAAUAUAGUGCAUGAAAUGAUGAGAUAAGAUAAAUCCCAUAUCCAUUCCAUUAUAUAUACCAGUUGCCAUCGAGUUCACUGAUUCUUGGCAACUCCAUGUGUGUCAGAGUAGAACUGUGCUCCAUAGGAUUUUCAAGCUGAUUUUUCAGAAUUAGAUUGUUGUUGUCAUUAAAAAAAAAAAAAAAAAAGGUUUUUUUUUUUUUUUUAUGCCAUCAAUUUGGUUCUGACUCAUAGUGACCCUGUGUACAACAGAACAAAAUACCGCCCAGUCCUGCACCAUUCUUACAGUCAUCAUUAUGCUUGAGCCCAUUGUUGCAGCCACUAUGUCAGUCCAUGUCAUUGAGGGUCAUCUUCUUUUUCACUGACCCUCUACUUCACCGAGUGUGAUAUCCUUCUCCAGGACUGGUCUCCCCUGGUAACAUGUCCAAAGUAUUUGAGACUGAGUCUCAUCACCCUUGCUUCUAAUGAGUAUUCUGGUUGUAUUUCUUCCAAGACAGAUAUGUUCAUCUUUUUUCCCCAAGGCUCAUUUGGGUAGACUUGAACCUCCAACCUUUUGGUUACCAGCUAAGCACAUUAACCAUUUGUACCACCCAGAGACUCCAUAUAUUAUGUAUUUAUUUAUUGUUAGGAGGUGCUGUUGAGUCAGUUCAAACUCAUAGUGACCCUAUUCCUAUGUACAUCAGAAACAAACACUGCUGGGUCCUGUGCCAUCCUCACAAUCAUUGCUAUGUUUGAGCCCAUCGUUGUAGCCAAUGUGUCAAUCAAAAUAUAAAUAUAUAUACGUAUAUAUAUAUAUAUACGUAUAUAUAUAUAUAUAUAUAUACCACCACUCAUUUGUCAGUUUUUUGUACUUUGGUGGCUUGUGUGAUGCUGGAAACUAUGCUGCCGGUAUUUCAAAUACCAGCAGUGUGACACUGAAGUGUGACACUGAAGCUGUGGUGGACAGGCUUCAGUGGAGCUUCCAGACUAAGACAGACUAGGAAAGAAGGACCUGGCAAUCUACUUCUAAAAACAUUGUCUAGUGAAAACCUUAUAAAUAGCAGCAGAACAUUGUCUAAUAUAGUGCCAGAAAAUAAGCCACUCAGGCUGGGAGACACCCAGAAUACAACUGGGGAAGAGCUGCCUCCCCAAGUAGAGCUGACCUUAAUGACAUGGAUGGAAUAAAGUUUUUAGAACCUUCAUUGCUGAUGUGAUUUUCAUGUAUGUUGUAAAUCCUGCCUCUAUGAUGUUAAUGAGACAGGCUUAGCGGUAGUCAUGUUAAUAAGGCAGGACUCAAUCUACAAGAUUAGGUUGUGUCUUCGGUCAAUCUCUUUUGAGAUCUAAAAGAGAGAAACCAGCAGAGAGACAAGGGGAACCUCAUACCACCAAGAAACAAGAGCCAGGAGAAUAGCAUGUCCUUUGGACCUGGGGUCCCUGCACUGAGAAGAUCCUCGACUGAGGAAAGUUGAUGACAAGGACCUUUCCCCCAGAGCCGACAGAGAAAGAAAGCCUUCCCCUGGUGCCGGCACUCUGAAUUCAGACUUCUAGCUUCCUAGAUUGUGAGGGAAUAAAUUUCUCUUUAUUAAAGGCACGAACUUGUGGUAUUUCUGUUAUAGCAGCACUAGAUGACUAAGACAGUCGAUAUCCUAGGCAGUAGUGAGCUGAAAUGGACUGGUAUUGGCCAUUUUGAAUCAGACAAUCUGUGGUCCGCUAUGCCAGGAAUGACAAAUUGAAGAGGAAUGAUGUUGCAUUCAUCAUCAAAAAGAGCAUUUCAGGAUUUAUCCUGAAGUGCAACGAUGUCAGUGAUAGGAUAGUAUCCAUACACCUACAAGGAAAACCAGCUAAUAGGACUAUUAUUCAAAUUUACACACUGACCACUAAUGCCAAAGAUAAGGAAAUUGAAGAUUUUUACCAACUUCUGCAAUCUAAUUGAUCAAACAUGCAAUCAAGAUGCAUUGGUAAUUACUGGUGAUUGGAAUGUGAAAGUUAGAAACAAAGAAGAAGGAUCAGUAGUUGUAAAAUAAGGCCUUCAUGAUAGAAAUGAAGCUAGAGAUCGCAUGAUAGAAUUUUGCAAGACCAAUGGCUUAUUCAUUGCAAAUACCGUUUUUCAUCAACAUAAAUGGUAACUAUACACAUGGACCUCGCCAAAUGGAAUAUACAAGGAUCAAAUUUACUACAUGUGUGGCGGGAGAUGAUGGAGAAGCACAAUAAUCAUCAGUCAGAACAUGGCUGGGGCCAACUGUGAAACAGGCUAUCAGUUGCUCAUAUGCAAGUUAAAGUUGAAGCGGAAGAAAAUUGGAACAAGUCCACAAGGGUCUAAGUAUGACCUUAAGUAUAUGCCACCUGAAUUUGGAGACCAUCUCAAGAAUAGAUUUGACACAUUGAACACUAAAGGGCUGAAGAGCAGACGAGUUGUGGAAUGACAUUAAGGACAUCAUACAUGAAGAAAGCACGCUUAUUGCUGUUGAGUCGAUUCUGACUCAUAGUGACCCUAUAGGACAGGGUGGAACUGCCCCAUAUGGUUUCAAGGAGCAACUGGUGGAUUUGAACUGCCAACUUUUUGGUUAGCAGCUGAGCUCUCAAGCGAAAGGUCAUGAAAAAGACGGGAAAGAAAGAAAAGACCAAAAUGGGUGACAGAAGAUACUCCGAGACUUGCUCUUGAGCAUAGAGUAGCUAAAGCAAAAGGAAGAAAUGGUGAACUAAAAGCUGAACAGAAGAUUUCAAAGGGUAGCUUGAGAAGACAAAGUAGUAAAGUAUUAUAAUGAAAUGUAUAAAAACUUGGAGUUAGAAAACCAAAAAGAAGAACACACUUGGCAUUUCUCAGUCUGGAAGAACUGAAGAAAAAAUUCAAGCCUUGAGUCGCAGUAUUGAAGGAUUCUUUGCGCAAAAUACUGAACAACACAGGAAGCAUCAAAAGAAGAUGGAAGGAAUGCACAGUCACUGUGUCAAAAAGGAUUGGUCAACAUUCAACUAUUUCAGGAGGUAGCAUAUGAUCAAGAACUGACAAUACCGAAGGAAGAAGUCCAAGCUGUACUGAAGGCAUUGGUGAAAAACAAGGCUCCAGGAGUUGACAGAAUACCAACUGAGGUGUUUCCAUAAACAGAUGCAACACUGGAAGCACUCGCUCAUCUAUGCCAAGAAAUUUAGAAGACAGCUACCUGGCCAACCGACUAGAAGAGAUCCGUAUUUGUAAGUGAUCCAGCAGAAUGCGGAAAUUAUCAAACAGUAUCAUUAAUAUCAUACUCAAGUAAAAUUUUGUUGAUGAUCAUUCAAAAGCAGCUGCAGCAGUACAUUGACAGGGAACUGCCAGAAAUUCAAGCUAGAUUCAGAAGAGGACGUGGAACAAGGGAUAUCAUUGCUGAUGUCAGAUGGGUCUUGGCUAAAAGCAGAAAACACCAGAAAGAUGUUUACCUGUGUUUUGUUAACUAUACAAAGGCAUUCAAGUGUGUGGAUCAUAACAAAUUAUGCAUAACAUUGCGAAGAGUGGGAAUUUCAGAACACUUAAUUGUGCUCAUCAGGAACCUGUACAUAGACCAGUAUGCAGUCACUGGAAUAGAACAAAGGACUUCUGCAUGUUUAAAGUCAGGAAAGGUGUUUGUGUCAGAGUUGUAUCCUUUCACCAUAAUCAGUCUGUAUGAGCAAAUAACUGAGAAGCUGGAAUAUAUGAAGAAGAAUGUGGCAUCAGGAUUGGUGGAAGGCUCAUUAACAACCUGUGAUAUGCAGAUGACACAAUCUUGCUUGCUGAAAGUGAAGAGGGCUUGAAGCAUUUACUGAUGAAGGUCAAAGACUACAGCCUUCAGUAUGGAUUACACUUCAACAAAAAUCCUCACAACUGGAUCAAUAAGCAACAUCAUGAUAAACAGAGAAAACAUUGAAAUUGUCAAGGAUUUCAUUUUACUUGGAUCCACAAUCAAUGCCCAUGAAAAUAGCAGUCAAGAAAUCAAAUGACAUAUAGCACUGGACAAAUCUGCUGCAAAAGACCUCUUAAAAGUGUUCAAAAGCCAAGAUGUCACCUUGAGGACUAAGGUGCUCCUGACCCAAGCCAUGGUAUUUUCAAUCACCUCAUGUGCGUAUGAAAGGUGGACAAUGAAUAAGGAAGACCUAAGAAGAAUUGAUGCAUUUGAAUUAUUGUGUUGACGAAGAAUAUUGAAUGUACCAGGGACUGCCAGAAGAACAAACAAAUCUGUGCUGAAAAAGUACAGGCAGUGGCAAAAUGGACUCGAAAAGAGAGAGUGGAAGGAGGGAGCGGGCUGUCUCAUUGGGGGGAGAGUAAUUGGGAGUACGUAGCAAGGUGUGUAUAAGUUGUUGUGUGAGAGACUGACUUAAUUUGUAAACUUUCUCUUAAAGCACAAUAAAAAAAAUUAUAAAUAAAUAAAUAAAGUACAGCCAGAAUGCCUGUUAGAAGCAAGGAUGGCAAGACUCUGUCUCACGUACUUUGGACAUGUUAUCAGGAGGGACCAGUCCCUGCAGAAGGACAUCAUGCUUGGUAAAUUAGGGGGUCAGCAUAAAAGAGGAAGAUCCUCACACAAGAUGGAUUGACACAGUGGCUGCAACAGUGGGGCUCAUACAUAGCAACUAUUGUGAGGAUGACACAGGACUGGGUAGUGUUGCAUUCCGUUGUACAUAGGGUUGCUUUGUGAGUCCGAACUGACUAGAUGACACCUCACAACCACAUAAAUAUAUAUACAUAUGUGUACAUAUAUACAUAUGUGUGUAUGUUGGUUUGUUUUUUUUUUAACUGGUAGACAGUUCUUUUGUGUUCUUGUUCCCCUUCCCCCCGUGUGUCUUAAUUGGGGGUUUAAGUUUCAAGUGCAAGUAGUUUGUUUGGAAAUACAGGAAACAAUAGAAGAGUGGGAAAGUGAGACAGACACAGGAAGGAUGCUUUAGUAAUCCCAGGACAACUGUGGGCAAUUGGAGUUUAAUCCUGAGGGGAAACAGUGUAAACACACACCUCAGAGUUAUUCCAUCUGAGGGACAAGGAAGCUGAAGUAGUCAUACACCAACUCCUUUCAGGUGGUUGAGGGCUGCUCCCAGGGAGUGUUCAUGCCCCAGAGCAACCUCUGAAGCCUUCCUAGGGUUUGAAGAAAGCCCUCAGGCAGAGAUACUGAUGUUGACAGGAGGAGAUCAGUUAGUGUACAGUGCAAUAAGGCCUGAGGUUUAUGAACAGGGCAUCAAGGAGUGAGCUAUGGCAUUCUUCUAGUUUCUGUUAAAAUGGUAGACCUCUUGAGCACCCUUCCACGUCUUUACCCAAGGCCACCUCAGGUCUCUUAUUCCCUUGACUCUUCUGUGGAUCGCUUGGUAUCCUUAUCUCUCAUAAUGGCACCUAAUGAUUUCUACUUUGUGGCAUGAUAGUUGUGUACAUACAUGUAUUAUAUUUUCUACAUGUCUUAUUUUUCUACAUGAUUUAAGCUCCUUGGGAGCCUCAGGUAUUACCUUGCACAUCUUUAUAACCACUAGGGUGCCUGACAUAGAAGGCAAGUGCUGAGUUAGUAUGUAAUGAAGGAAUCUUUCCCCCAGCUGUUUUGCCAAGCAGACCGUGAGAGAAAGUCCUUGGCCUCCUGAAUUUCAACUUCUGAACUUCAACCAGCAUAGUGUCAGAAGCUGUGAGAAGUUACUAGAUGAACCCUAAAGUCAGGGCAAUGAGGAAUCAUCUUUUUUUUUUUUUUUUUAAGGAAACUUUUUAAUUGAAGUAUAACAGGAUUAGGACUAAAGACUAGUAAAUUAGUAAGUUGAUUUUUAAACUAUUUAGUAUUUUUGUGAGGUAUGAAAUUUUGGACUGAUACUUUUAGAAUUGUUCUUAGUGUCAUUUUCAAGUAAGAAGUUUUAUUUAGAAAACUGUAGAUAUUUCUUUUUCUAGGAAAAUAAACAGAUGGAGCCAAAAGGUAGGAAGUAAUGCUGAUCUAAACAUAAAGUAAAAACACUUUUGUUAAUCUUUGGGAAUAAAUGAGCCCUCAGAAUUGCUCACUUGUUGCUUCUAGACAAUGCAUUUAUGAGUCCUAAUUAGACUAAGGCUUAGUGUCUUAUCUUCUUAUAAUCAAGCAGUUUGAAGCUGCCACGUAAAAGAGGAUUGCUUAUGCCCCCGGCACUAACUCAUGGUUGGGUUGGCAAUGGCUUUCUGCUUAAAGAUGUUAGCUGGCAGCAGGGAAGUUCAGGAUAUUUGACCUUGCAUAAAAUAAAGUGCCUACCAUUAUGUGUGGAAACACCUAGUUUGGGCUUUCCAAGCAAGAACUAUGAUCACUUUCAUUUAUCCUCUUGCUUUGAAGACAAAGUGAGUAGUGAACCCUUCCUUAAGAUGGUUCAGAAGAUGAGAAUGCCUUUUCUGCUUAGGGAAAAAUACUGAGGUACGCUUCCCUUCUGCUGUGUGAGUAUUUUCCUAGCAAAGGAAGAAUUGAUUUAUCUUUGUGAGGUAUCUAGUAUUCUAUAAGAAGGCAUAGCUAGCGUAGCUAAUGGCCAGUGUUUCAGUCUCCCCACCCAGAGACACCUUGGAAGACAGGCCUGGUGAUCUGCAUCCAGAAGGUCACAGCCUUGAAAACCCUAAUGUAGCGGUUCUGCUUGCACACGUAGGGUUGCCAUGAAUUGGAAUGGACUCGACGACAACUAACAACAAGAAUCCUAAUAGAAAGGAAGGGAAUAAUUAUAGCAUGCUUCCUGCAUGCCACACACAAUGGUAGGCACUUUAUUGAGAGUCGUUCUGAAAUUAAAUCCAGUUUGUAAUCAUAUUCCCAUUUUACCAAUGAAGAAAUGGAGGCUUCAAAGUUUAAUAUGUUCAUUAGUCAUGUAGCUAGUAAGUGGUGGAUAUAGAAAAUGACAGAUUCAAGCCCAGUUCUGUCUGACUAUAAAGUUCAUGUACUUUCUGCCCUAGAAUUGGGAUGGCACAGAUUGAAUGUGAUAGUGAGCUGUGGCAUGUUUAAUUAAUUUGGAUUCAGUGGCGAUGAGGUAUCCUUCUGUCAGUGAGCUGAGAGGUCAUUCUUUCGAUUACAGCUGAAGAAGCUGGGGGAUGCAUGACUUUUUCAUGUUAAUGAUGGUUAUAUAUUCCCUAUGCAUGGGAUGAAAAUCUCCGUGGCUGAGCUUAGAGAAAACUACCCCCCCCCCGCCACCAAAAACAAUUCACCAUUGGUGUCUUUGUGUCAGUCUGCCUUUGACAUGACUUAUGAAUUAAAACAAUCACUAUUCCUGUUCAGAAUGCCUGCUCUUACUCAUUCCCAGAAACAUUCUGGCAGAAUAUUUUAUGACCAUAUAUCCCAAGACUAUUGCUCCCCAUAAAAUCCUCUGAGAUCUCAUGGAACCAUUUUUAGCAGCGAUAGAAAAACCUACAAAUCAGUUCAACCUUCCUCCCCUUGGAUUCUAGUUGCUUCUGAACGUUUUCCAUCUUACUCUGCUGACAGAAACUGAAAACAGUGGAUUCUGGUCCUUUUUAUACCUAUAUACAUUGGCCCACUGCCAAGGGACUCAGUAGCGAUGCCCUAAAAAGUUCAUCACGGGCCCCCUGCCUCCCAAUUCCUCUUAGCAGCCAAUGAGCCUUUCGAUUUGCAAGUAUUUUUAAGGGGCUGUUUACAUUUUGGUGCCUUAUGAAUAUAUGUCCAUUUAUCUUAUUUAUCACUUUUUUUCAAUCUUUAUAGAUAUAUAUUUAUAAAUAAAUACAAACAUUAAAUCCUUUUUU